AUGCUUCUAGACCCAGGCCUGUUUGUUCAUUUGAAACAGGUGAAUGGCAUCCAUCCAGAAUGCAGAUUUCAGCUGGAGAUCCAUGAAGAAGAAAUAAGGUGCAUGGAGCUUCUAAAAAAUGUUGAAACAGACUAUAAAGGGUGUUUUGGAGUUUGGGAUAACAUUACUUGCUGGCACCCUGCUGAAAUUGGAGAGACUGUCACUGUUCCGUGUCCAAAAGUAUUUAGCCACUAUUUCAGCAAACCAGGAAAUGUUAGCAAAAACUGCACAAGUGAUGGGUGGUCAGAAACAUUUCCAGAUUUCAUAACUGCUUGUGGAUUUAAGGAUGAUGAUGAGGAUUAUAAGGUUCAUUUCUAUAUUCUCGUGAAAGCAAUUUAUACCCUUGGUCAUAGUGCAUCUCUGAUUGCUCUUACAACAGGGAGUAUAAUUCUUUGUGUGUUCAGAAAACUUCACUGCACUCGGAACUACAUCCACCUGAACUUGUUCCUCUCUUUCAUUCUAAGAGCAAUCUCUGUUUUAGUCAAGGAUGAUAUUCUCUAUUCCAACUCCAACACAGCUCACUGUCCAAAGGAUCAAACAUCAUGGGUAGGCUGCAAGGCUAGUUUGGUGUUUUUCCAAUAUUGUGUUAUGGCAAACUUUUAUUGGCUCUUAGUUGAAGGACUUUACCUCUACGUCCUCCUUGUGGUAAUAUUCUCCCCUAACAGACACUUCCUGAUCUACCUUCUGAUGGGAUGGGGAAUACCUACAAUAUUCAUCAUCUCAUGGAUAGUAACAAGGAUCUAUUUAGAUGACUCUGGUUGCUGGGAUACAACUGAACACAACGUUCCUUGGUGGGUUAUACAAUCACCAAUUUUAAUUUCUAUUAUAGCAAAUUUUAUACUUUUCAUUAGUAUUAUAAGAAUUUUACUUCAGAAGUUGAGAUCUCCUGAUGUUGGAGGCAAUGGUCAGUCACAAUACAAGAGACUUGCAAAAUCAACAUUGCUGCUGGUUCCAUUAUUUGGCGUACACUACAUGGUUUUUGCUGUGUUUCCCAUCCGCAUUUCCAAUCACUAUCAAAUAAUUUUUGAGUUAUGUUUGGGUUCUUUUCAGGGACUGGUUGUUGCAGUACUGUACUGCUUUCUGAACAGUGAAGUACAAAGUGAGCUGAAAAGGAAAUGGCGGAGCUUGUGCUUGAACACGACUGUGGGCCGAGAUUACAGACUCCAUAGUUCUUCAAUUUCUCGAAAUGGGUCAGAAAGUAUCUCUCAGCUCCAUCGGAAUUCAAGGGCUCAAUCUUUUAUGCAGACAGAAACCGCCAUGAUAUAAACCAUAUAAGUUGUCCCGCGUCCUCUCUCCCUCCAAAAAAACCCUCAAACUAAAGACUAUCGGAUGCAUUGUAUGCAGCUUAUUGUGAUAUUUUCUAAAAUGUACAGUUUGUGCUUUGCUUUUCUAUGUAUUGAUGUGUGGGGAAUGGCCUUGUGCAGUGGAUCAGGUAACAGGUGGGCCGCCUCAUUUGUGGACACUUUGUGCUUUUCUUCAGUCCUGUUCAUGUUAGAUUCCUAUGUUCUGUUGUCAUUUUUACUAAAAGUAACUAUUCUGAAUAUAACUUAUUUGCUCCCUUUCUUUUUAUAUACAAAAUGGAAGGUACACUGAACCCUGAUUAAUAAUGUAUGCUGCUUUUGUCCGUGUUUGAGUGAGUGAGGUGGGAGAUGAGGGAGUGUCUUACACUUCAUCUGUAGUUAAAGAAAUACUACUUUCCUACAGAUUCCAGACCCUAAUGACAGAAAACAAAAGGAAAAUAGAGAUACUUAAGGCUACAUAAUGUCUUUGAUCCCAUAUAGGAAUCUAUUUAACUGAAGUAAUAAUCCAACAGGUUGAUCAAGGGCAGUAUGAGCCCUUAUUCGACACAGAAGAAACUGGUAUAGUCCUUUCUAACUCUGUUUCAUUUCAGAGGUGACUUUCUAGUGUUUGAUCCUAAGGGCUGUAUUCUACACUCUUACACAAGAGUGCACAUUUUUCUAUGUAUCUCAAUGCAGGAUGUGGGGCUGGUUUUGCAGAUGUUGUAGAAAAUCUCAUUGCACAAUAGUGAUCAUCAUUAAAAAGUCAGUAUUUGCCAAUAGUGAUAUAUCAGCCUACUGCAUUUCUGCUCCUGGAUUCAAGAUUAAAAUUAUUUGCAGUAUCUGUGUGGUAUAAUGUGGCAAAUAUUAACUUCUAAGAGGCUUCUAUUUCAGGUUAUUUUUCUUGCCUACCUGUGUACAUGUUUUUAAGAGUGCAGUACUGAACUUUAAUGGUUAAGUGAUGGAGAUGCAAGGUUUUUCUGAUAUUGUAUUCACAUUUCUUUGAUUCAAAAUAAAAAAUGUACAUUUUGGUUACUUUUAAAAUAGAUUUACAAUACAUGAGAUAAAUUUACAAGACAGAUGUACAAUAUAUGAGUAAAUGGACUUAAUUAGUCCACAUUGAAUUGAAAGUAGAGGUAAAAUGAUAUUUGAACUGAAUAAUCAGGGAUAUAUAUCAUAGACAAAUAGAGACCCUUGAUUUCUUGUUUUUCAACUCUCAAAAGAGCCAUUUCACUACUAGAGCAACCUAGCAUAGGAUAAACAGGCUUGUGCAUCCCAAUUACCCAUUGAAAACAUAUUUUUAUAUAUAUUUUGUGACGAUUUAUCUUUAGACCCACAUGUUUGGCAGCUGAACCUAAAUGUAUUAGAUUAUAAUUUCUACUGGAGUCUAAUGAAAUAUAUAAAUACUUUCAAGACAAUUCCAUUUGAUAUCUCUGAGCCAUUUGAAAAUUGGACUCUGUCUCUUAAACUACCAUAAAAGGCAUAAAUUGAAAGAAUAUUUGGUAAUCACAAGCCCUUUAUGUUGCCACUGCAAAAUAAAAGACACAGAACUGGCAAGUGCUUAUAAAUAGAAGCAAAACUUUUGCCAUCGUAAAAGAAAUGAGCAGUGUAAUAUUUACUUCUCAUGUCACAACUGCCCUUGUCCUUUCUAAAUAACUCAUGUGAGUAAUGUACAUUAUUCUUGCUUCAUAAACUGAAGUGUUACCAUAAUCUUUCUGACAACAAAUUGCAUGGAAAUAGCUACAGAUAUGAAGCAUGUGAAAGCUGCAGGAUAGGGGAAGGAUGCCUAUUCUCCUCUCGGUUUGCAGGGAUUUACCUGCACAGCUGUCACCAGCAUUAAGAAUACUGUUGUGAAAUGUGUAAAUACCUUUUCAUCUAUGGACUGAUUUACCAAUGUUUCUUCAGCUAUUCACCUGUUUAAGUUCAUUAAAUUCA